UGCUCCCACAAGUGCUACUCUACCUGCUUCACCACUUCCUUCUUCACGAUCCCGUACAUAGGACCAGAUCAACUGCUAUCCAGCAUCUCUUCACGGCGCCCGUAUCGUUGAUUCGCUACGCUGUCGUCCAGUCUUUGACAAGAAAAGAUGGUCAGGUUCAUGUUUCUCGGUGUGGGGGCGACAUUGCUGGGCUUCAGCUGCAGGGCAGACGCUUGGGGCGGGGGCAAGAAGAAAGAUGAGGAGCCAGAGAUGCCCACGGGGAAGGAUGCCGUCGAACUUGGCCGCGCCGGUUUCCGCCAAGUAGCGGGCGAUGUCGGGCUCAUGAACGACCUGCUUAAAGAUCUCGAAGACCCCGAGACCCUCAAGGAGGUGGAGAAGCUCAUGAACGACAAGAACUUUAAGAAGGAGAUGAACAAGUUGAUGGAGAGCGACGAGUGGAAGAACGGUGCCACCGACGCCACAAACUUCCUCCAAGACCCCAAAGCCAUGGAAGCCAUGGCGAAGAAGACGAAAGAAUACACCGACUUCAUCGCUGCCGGCCCCGGGAAGGACGGCAAGAGGGACGCUGCCAUGGGCCUCAACGCGGCGUCGGCGGCGAUGAUGGACCCUAACUUCAUGAAGGACGCCAUGGAGAUGAUGAAGGACCCCGCUGUCAUGAAGCAGGUGGAGGAGACGAUGAAGAACCCGGAAUUCAUGAAGCAGAUGAAGGAGGUGAUGGACAACCCGGCCAUGAAGGAACAGCUUGCGAAGGCCGGCGCCAACAUGGAAGAAUUGAUGAAGAACCCCGAGCUCAUGGCGGAAGCACAGAGGCAGAUGCAGGCCCUGAUGGGGGGUGCGGCGGCGGCGUGAGCUACACAUAUCUAACGGGGAAGAAGCACGCGGGGAGAGAAAGAGGACACUUGCUUAAGGAGACAGGCGACGGUGUUUUUUGUGUGUCAUUUUGUCGUCGGCGACGGUCACGUGUUGUCCAUUGUGGUCACGGCUUUGCCCGCGAUGGAGUCGUGCUUUUAGAAUCAAGGCUCAAUCCCGUGCCCUGGGUUGCUUUGCUCACACACACGCGCACACAGCCCGCGUGCACUGGCAGGACGCCGUGGUACACUUAGGUGGUCGUUGCGUGGGGUCUCUGUCUGCUUGUCUGUCUCUGCGGAUGGCGCAGCUAUCGUAGAACUCAGAGAUGGCUGUCGUAGACUUGAAUGACAGCAGUUAGACUAGCGGGAGACGAAGGAGUACAGGCCAACAAACCGCAUCGUAUCCUCUUUUGUUUUUUGGGGAGCUCAGGUCAUGUCGGGAGCACGGAUGGCCGUGAAUUGCGUCUGUUUUCUAUCUUGUCUGGUGUGUGCCACGAUCUGGUCUAGCCUUUCUUUCUCGGCGCCUUGCUGCUGCCUCCGCUGUACCUCUCGUUUCUGUAUGCGCGGUAUUUUGCCGGAUGUUCGAACGGAUAGGUGGUUGUUUUGGCCAAGGUAAAUGCCCAGGCAUAUUCAAAGGAUGAAGACUACACGUGUAGACUACACGUAAGCAUCAGAUGCGAAUCGAUACAGCUUGACCUCGGGGAUGCGAGGUUCGGGAGUGUGGUGCUUUCGGUUUUUCUUUUUUUCGAUUUUUUUUUAGAAGGGAGAGAAAGGUAACCCGUCGCUAUGUAGGAUGUGAGUGUUCUCGGAGUAAAUCGCGGAUCUCCUCGCUUGUAUUCCGGUAGUGCCUAUUUAUUGUAAGUGAAGAGGGUGCCAUUUUUGAAUGAACACCCCGAUGCGCAGUGGCCUGGGUGGCAACGCAGCGUUCUUUCCUCUAUAGAGCUUUGAUAUGAUUUAGAGUAUUUUUGGUGGAUUCCCUAUAUUUGGGGGGGGCCGACCUGACCUGUCUAAAGUGUUUGAGGCCGUGAGAGAUCUCGCGCCCACAAGUUUAGACGUUUGUUGUUGCCGAGGGACGGGAGGGACGCUAGAUUAUCCAGCAUGGCCUGCACACAAGUCGUUGCCUCCCCGAAGGCCCGACGUGGUCGCGUCUAUUGUUGUCCUGAUGCAACCCCCGUCUAGUAGCAACGCGUGUUUUUUUUGGAGGCCGAAAGAACGCUCCUCAUGAAGUGGAACAACCAAACAUUGCAAACAAACUAGCGAAAGGUUCUGCCCACAACGUUCCCCCGCUUUUGGUGGGGUUUUCGUAUGUCGUGUCACCCGCGAAGGACUAUUUCGUUGAGAUUUUAAGCGUUGCGACGACGGCUCUUGUAGUCCUUUAGACGACCUGGACGUCGGAUUGUCUUCCGAUGACAGCCCUCC